AGGCCUUCGCAGAGUUCAAGAAGAUGAAGAGAGAGUUUGGAAACAUCACUAAGCUCGUGUCCUUCCCGGUACACGAGAUCGACGCGAUCGACAUGGCGGACAUCGACAAGGCGUUCGCGUCGAUCCGAGGCGGUUUGCUGGACGGCAUCGACAUUCGCUACAUACAGGGCACGGAACGGUCGAUCCACAAACUCAAGGAGCUGCGAAAUCUGGCCGACCAGAAAAAGUACCUUAUCCACGGGGUUUUCGAGAAGGUUAACAUAAACGUGAUGAGGCACUUCCACCUGGCGUCCCUCCGAGUGUACACUACACUGUCGCAGGGCCCUUACAAGGCUGCACCCGUUCAGCCCUCGGUGAAUGUUGAGACCGCUGUCACCGCCUACGCAGCGGCAGUAAUUGGUGCCAAGCUCGAGAGUUUCGGCAACCACUGCGUAGCGUUCACCCUGUCCCCGGUGGGGUUCCUGGGCGCUCGCCAACUCGAAGACCACGCGUAUGGUGUGAAGAAGUACGAGUACUGUAUGGAUUACAACCAAGCGGAUGCUAGGAGGGACGGCGUGGACCUGUCACAUAGCGUUAGCGACAACGCAGCCUUGGUCGUUUUCGAUAAAGCCGAAGAUUUCGCGAACAAGGUCGAGAAGAUCGGCGCCCUUCCCAAUGCUUGCGUUCUGCUGGACAACGUCUACUACGACAGCCACAAUUGCAGCUGUGACGACAAGAACUUCAAGCUAAUACGUGCCGCGCGCCGAGUCCUGUGGCAGACCCUCAGGCGAUGAACCGCCAGCGCUGGGCUCAGCCUCCUUAAGGGGACGAGAGUCGACACUUGGGGCUACCUCGACGAUCGCCACGACGCCUUCAAACUUAUAGGCCACUCAUAAUGCCUCCGCAAUUCAUUCACUCGCUUAUCCCUGUAAAGGUUCUUAAUCAUUGCAUGCAUGCGUAAGAAGUCCAAGAUGGGGAUGAUUCAGCAAUGCCUUAGGCCUACCUGAGUGAUGGGCUACAUAUCAUACCUGUAUAUUCGCUCGGACAUUUACCUCUGAAUAUAGGUGUUUAAUCGUUCGAGAUAUCUGUGGAAAGUUCGCAAAUGUUUACGCCGGUAGUGAAUACAAAGGCAACGUUUUCUUUUUCCUGAUCUUUGUUUAAUAAUGCACGUCCUGGCAUACCUUCUUCGAUACUUCGGGAACUUCCAGGUUCGAAAUAAUAUGUGCCCAUUGCAGAGCCUGUUGACCAUAACUCAUGGUUUAACAAGAGCGUUAAAGGGGUAGGGGAGUCAAAGUUUUCGCAUUCACUGCCCUAACAAUGCAGCUAUGGCGCUAAUCGAGGGCCCGAAACUGCCAACACUUUGAAGGCCACCACGCGAAUAGCGUUGUAUUUACUGUCUCACUCACAGUUCGCGUUUGUUUCUCGUGGAGCCAGAAAAUCGCCGCACAUAAUCGUUCGCCUUACUCGCCCUUUUGCAAAGGGCGAGUAAGGCGAACGACUUCAUCAUAAUUCUUCAGAAGCGAACACCAAUAAAAUCCAUAUAGAUGCCGGUCGGGGUUAUCACAAACCCUGUUGUCGACGACAUUGUGUAUUAGCGCUCAAGCAGAUUUUUUUUAUGUAUUUAUGCAGAUAAAGAUUAGA